AUGAGCACCGAACAGUACAGGGGCCAAUAUGAUAAAGGUGACCACAUUGACACAGGCAUUGGAGGCAAACGAAUUGUGAAUGAAGCGAAGCAGGGUGUUUUUGUGGACAUUCCAAUUAUCAACUUGACGGACGCCUCGUCGCCGUCUCUUGAAGCUCGCAAGCGAGUGGCGGAGAAGAUCUACGACGCUUGUGCAAACGUGGGAUUUUUCUACAUCAAGAAUCAUGGUGUUCCACAAGAUGUCAUUGACGGCUGCCACAAAGAGGCUCGUCGCUUUUUCCAUGAUCUCUCGAGUGAGGACAAAAUGGAACUUGACAUUACCAAGAACACCGAGUUCUACGGGUAUGCCCCGAUCCAGACAGAAAUGCCCGUAGGAGCUACAAAGAAGCGUGUAUUUGAAAGUAUCAAUUUUGGCUACGAACCGUCCAUGGAUCCAGGCGCUCAAGGCACGCAAGAUAAUGGCCCCAGUUUCUGGCCUCCUGAGCACAAAUUGCCCGGAUUCAAGAAAAAUAUUGGCAAAUACUAUUACGAAGUAAUGGGCCUCUCGAGAAGGCUUUUGAGGCUGUUCGCCCUAGGACUCAGUCUGGACGAAAAUUACUUUGACCAGUUCUGCAAGCGGCCUGGCGUGCUGUUGAAGUUGAACCACUACCCGGCAGCAAUUCCAGAUUCGCCUGAUAGUGCAGGAAUCCACGCGCACAGUGAUCUUGAAAGUUUCACGAUCCUUUGCCAGGAUGAAGUCAAAUCCUUGGAGGUUCUUUCUAAAGAUGGUCACUGGAUUCCGGCAGAUCCCAUUCCAGGCACAUUCGUGGUAAACAUCGGUGACGCGAUGAGUAUGUGGACAAACGACUUGUUCCUUUCCACGAUUCACCGCGCAUACAACAAGGAAGGCAAAGCCCGAUACUCGAUCCCAUUCUUUUUCGGAGCGGAUUACGACGCGGUCAUGGAGACACUUCCAAGUUGCAUCACCGAGGCCAGGCCGUUGAAGUAUAAGCCCAUCACUGCCGGAUCCCAUGUGAGGCAGAAAUUGAACAUGACCUAUCCAAAGGCCGUCAAGGCGUGA